AUGAUGAUACCAAGAAAAGUUCGGUUUGUUAUUCCCGAACAGCCAUAUAUUGGCAGUACCCCCUCCAUGUUCUCCAUAUAUGGGAGCAAUGUCGACAGAGACAGUCCGGCAGCACUACGCCUUCCUCUGGACAAAGAUCCCAUCGCCUGGUGGGGUGCAUAUGUACCAUUAGAGUCAUGGACUCCUCCUAAGCUGAGAAAAUCAAAGUUCAAAGGAGUAGUCGGAUUGGCGGACUAUCCACGUUUUAAAAAAUAUAACUUGGAGAAUGAAUUUCCAGCCGGCUAUGAAAACACAGAUGACCCCAUCGCAAAAAGAGAUCAAGCAUACGAGCUGUGCUUCAAUGGCCACUGGGACGAAAUCAGAAGCAUGCUGUCCGAUAUGUAUCUUCUGGAAAGCAUGCGGACCUCUGACAUUACGGUACACAGGGUCUCACCACCGGGAUUCACUGCCGACAACACCGGAAGAAAUGACCGGGAUCCGCAGGACUGUGCAUGGGAUAAUCCUAGUUCGGAGGGGUCGCCGAAGGAUCCAUAUGCCAGCCAAUGGGGCCAUCCUAGCCAUGAUGUAGGCAUCACCGGUUCAACUGAAUUGAUGGCCGAUGCCUACGAUUGUGGAUGGGAUGAUCCGAUGCAUGAUGAAAUUAUCACACUCCCGGGUAAGUCCAGGGACGAUCUGUAUGAUUGUGGAUGGGAUGACCAUAUGGAUCAUCAAUUUAUCAUGGAAUCCGGUGAGUCACCCGCUGAUGCCUAUGACUGUGGCUGGGAUGAUCCAAAAGAUCAUCACACCAUAUCCACCAAUGACUCUGCGGAGGAUCAAUAUGACUGCGGAUGGGGUGAUCCGAUGGAUACCAACAAGCCAUCCAAAGCGGUGAUGGCAGAACAGCACUGUGGGGAGGCAUGA